GCCACUCUCUAUUAAUCUCUGAUUUUAUAUGUUUGCCACAUCAAACGCUCGGUGUAAACGUAGUAAGUGUCAUGUUCGGUCGUAUUUUCGAUUUUAUGUCAGUUCGUAAGAUUUUUAUAAGUAUAUUUCCAUGAAACUCCUGAAUUUUUCUGUCGUGCAAUUACGAUAGAUCAGCAAACGAUAUCACGGUGCUUCCUAACCUUCCCUUUGACCACCUUUGACAGUCUCUUCAAUCUGUACAUGUAGGAAGGCAUGAACAUGAGUAAUCGGUGAAUUUAAAGUAUUUCACUGUUAACGUCAUGGGGUCUACACCGAGUCGCUAUGAAGACCUCUCGAAGAACAGCUAUUUGGAGAGAUUUUGUGGGAAAAAAUCCAUCCCACUGAACGAUCCAUUUUGGACUCAAUUUUUGUCCUUUAACGUCAGACCCCCAAUUACGAGAAACGACCAAAUAGAAUUGGAUUCACGAUUGGAUUCUACGUGUCAGCAAUUACUAACUAAUAAUUUAACGACCGGUAACUUUGGCUCCUUGAUCCAAGUUUUCUUAAAUCGAAGCAACGAACUCCUAACUACGUUAAAAACUGACAGCUUAAUAUCAAUGUGGCAGACGUACAAUGCAUUAUUCGCCGUUAGAUGUAUUUUAAAAUAUCUCUUGGAAACGGUUGGAGAGGAGGAAAUGGUAAAACAUGCCGAAACACGGCCAUUAUCCGAAGAAAUUCAGGACACUUCUUUAGUACGAAUUUCAGCAUUCUUUGAAGCAUUGAUUGCGAUCAUUAUCGAUGUACCAUUAUGUGAAUUCACAUACGUGAUACAUUUGGAGGCAAUCAACUGUCUGCUCGUACUUCUGUCGGUACAAUUAUUUUCUCAAACCCCUGCCGAGUACAGCUAUGUCUAUCGAAUGGCGAUGCACGAAGAUCUAAAUGUACACGCUCCUGUGCUAGUGUGCACGUUGCUACAUAAUUUUGUUCGUCAAGAACAUGCUCCACCUGGUCUGCUCACACAGCAGAGCGGUGGCAGCAUAGUGUUCAGUAUUGCUGCAGGGUUAUGGAACGUGAUCACAAUGGGUAUGAGGAGUGGCUUAAAAAACGUUCAAAUCAGUAAUAACGGCACGGCCGAAGAAGAAGAGAAGAAACGAGACACGGAAACUCCUUUAGCUAGUCAAUCGUUGCUGCUCCUGCUCAUUCUGACGAACCAUUGCACCGCCACGCACAAUCCAUACAGGCACGCUCUUUUUAGUUUUACCAACGUGCAAGACGAUCACGUGCCAACGCCGGUGAAGGCAGUCAUUGCCUUCAGAUUUAAUUUAAGUAAAUUAUACGAGACUAUUUACAGAGUACAAAAGUCAGAUGAAGUCACGUUGCUACUGUACAUGCUGCUACAUCGAAAUGCAAAUGUCAAGCGGUAUAUCAUGAAAAGGCCGGAUAUACAUCUACUGGUGAUACCUAUACUGCAGAUAUUAUACCAUGCUCCUGAUAACACGUCGCAUCACAUUUACAUGUCCCUUAUCAUACUUUUAAUACUGAGCGAAGAUGAUACCUUUAAUAAAAGAAUACACGAAAUCGUGUUAAAGGGAAUUACCUGGUACACGGAAAGGUCCAUAAGUGAGAUUUCAUUGGGAGGUCUUCUUAUCCUAGUAGUUAUACGAACUAUACAAUACAACAUGCUUAAAAUGAGAGACAAGUAUUUGCACACCAACUGUCUGGCUGCUUUAGCGAACAUGUCUGCACAGUUCAGAUCGUUGCAUCCCUACGUAAGUCAAAGACUGUUGAGUCUAUUCGAGACUCUCGCGAAAAAGCAUGCAAGAUUGGAGGGAAAGAUUCGCUCGCAGUCUCCUGCCAACUCUAACAGCAUCACGGUUAACGUCAACGGCGGUGCAGCUUGUACGGACGUGGUUCAAGAUUUAACCAUCCUAGAGGAAGUCCUGCGCAUGGUACUCGAAAUAAUAAACAGCUGCCUGACGCACCAACUCGCGCACAAUCCAAACUUGAUCUACACGCUCCUGUACAAGAAGGACAUUUUCCAGUCUUUCCGAACGCACUCCGCGUUCCAAGAUAUAGUGCAAAACAUCGACUCCGUAAUUAACUUCUUCUCGUACAAACUGGAACAGCGAGAUCAAUCCCAGAUUGGCGUGAGUCAAGUACUGGCUACCAUCGAGCAAGGGACGUGUCAGUGGCCAAAGGACCGAUUAAGAAAGUUCCCCGAACUGAAGUUCAAGUACGUCGAGGAGGAACAGCCAGAGGAGUUCUUCAUCCCGUACGUGUGGAGCGUCGUCUGUCAAAGCGCGUUGCUUCACUGGAACGCCGAGAACAUCAAACUGUUCCCGCCGAACAACGGAGAACAGACAACGAUAAUAGUUUGCUGAUACCAAAACUACUACGACUACUUGCUUACGUUCUUAUCGGAGAUCGCUCGUUCGAAGUGCUAAUUUCGAGGGAGAGUUUAACCUGAGAUGCGGCGGACAACCUAUCGCGAUGACGGCAGAGACUCGACUGGCUCGACCGAACCGAAGUCACCGAAGACCAAGCGAGACAAAGACUGGGUGGGGAGUGAUCUCGAUGAUCGAUCAGAGGACGCGCGUCGAUAACGAAGUCGACCGCGCGGAUCUAGAGGGGAACGGGAACGCUUGGCCUUUCGCGCUAUUUUCAUCGAUAUCUCGCAUCUACGGAUCUCGCGCGCGGUACAGCCGAAAAGGUGAAUGUUCCUCCGAUUGGAAACAAGGAACCGGAGGGAAGUUCAACCGCGUCGUAGACCGCCCACCAUGACCCACGAGAAUACCUGAUUUUCCACCGUUAUUGCGGGUGUUAACAUAUUCGAGGAAGAGUAACAGUGUCUUAUUAACUGACGCAGCUGUGAGUUUAUAGUAACAGAUGAUAAUAUAUAUAUAAAUAUAAAUAUGAUUAAGGUUCAACGCGUUUAGGUUGCCAGUCUCGGAGACUUAAGUGAACGCUAUUUAUAAAGAUGCGGAGGGUGUAAAUACGCGAAGACGGACUUCCGGCGUCGGAAGGUAGCAUGCAUCUGCAUAGCGAAAUUGCGUGAUAAAUAUCCCAAAUCACUGACAAUGCCCGAGACCGUACGAAAGAUCCCCCAUACCUUGUUCAAGAAUUUCUACGCGACGGAAGCCAAACGUCCACCGAUCUUCAUGGAGGUUUUUAAUCGUAGCAAUUAAUUCGUACCUUUGUCGCGAUCAAUUCGGAGUCGAUCCCUUCGAUACGAGGAAAGCAAAGCACUUCGGUUGCUUGUACAUAUUGUGGUACAUAUUGUAGGGAAUGCUUAUCUCCCGCGUACUCGAUACAUUUUCACGCGUUACUCUACGACAUUCACCUUUUCAGUUGCAUCGAUCGGUGAUCGACCAAAGGACCGACUAAAACGCGUACGGGGCCCUCGGGAGGGGAAACCGUAGACGCCCUAGGUCGCAGCUUCGAUUUGUGCGCGUUGCAAAGCAUUGUGCAUUGUUUAUACCAAUAAACGUCGACGGAAAAGCCAA